GCUUCGGACAACCGGUUUCCGGCGUGGCGCCACUAUGCUUUGGAGAAACAAGGAAAUACAUAUGUAUGCACCUUGCUUUUUGUGAGACAGAAGAACUCUGUGUCUCUGUUCUACCAACGUCGCUGUUGCGACGAUUUGCCGCAAACCUAAAUGGAGUUCGAUCAAUGGCAACGCGAGCACGUGGUCCUCGAUGUUCGCGAUCGGAAAAUCGUGUUUUCCAAACUAUUUCUAGUUUCGCCGGUUCCACUGUCAAUCAACGUUUCUUCCUUUGGUUCCGUUUCUCUUCGAUUCUCUCCUUUUUUAUUGGCAAACACGUGUCACCGAGUAUCGUGUUCGUCUUCGCUAAGCAAGCUUCUAUAUCAGCGAUACGCGAGCCGGUUUCCCCUUCAUAUUUGUACAAGACUUCGUGAACAUCGGACAUUUUUCUCCUCUCUUUUCGAAUAAGAAAAUCCUAUCGUUGUUUAACUAACAAUUGCAUUUCUUUAAAUGGAAAUGUGGUCGUGUCUCCUUUAUAUUUUCAAUUAGCCAGGGAAUUUAGGUUUAUUGCCGUGGAAACUUGAUCGGUCGUUUACGUAAGGAUCUGCGACUCUGCUUCAUCUUCGAGGAAAAUUUCAUCGAAUACAAUCGUUUCACUCAAUGAUUGGAUCAGUCGAAAGGGAGAUUCCGUGACUGCCUGUAUAAAUAUUGAUCAUAGUGUCUCUUGAAGGGAAGCUGUACCAAUCUUGUUGAUUUAACUACUGAUCCUACUUUAUCCUCGAGAAAAAUUACUUACUUUGAUUGUUUGACCAUUAAUUUUAGCGUUUCUUCGAGGGAAACAGUGUUGAUCGCUCGAGUCUGCUUCUUUCUCAAGCGAAAUGAAGGACGAGAAGAGUAACUCUAUAUUGCCCACUGAAGCGACUCGAUUGAGACCAAGAUUGGAAAGUUUCGAUGAUGUUCUACCGUAUGUCGGUGACUACGGGAGAUAUCAAUGGCUGUUGUUAUUGUCGUUACUACCUUAUGGCGCGACGUACGCGUUUCUGUAUUUCUCGCAAUUUUUCAUUACGAUUAUUCCCACGGAACACUGGUGCAGGAUAGACGAAUUAGUAAACUCGAAUUUCACCGAAGAAGAGAGGAUUAAGAUAGCGAUUCCAGUGACGAACGUUUAUCCUUAUUACGAACAAUGUCAACGGAAGGACGUAAACUUCACAGAGCUGUUGAAGAGCGAUAAGAGCCUGAGCUCAUCGGGCUUCCAAACAAACAAAACGAUAAAAUGUACUCAAUGGGAGUAUAAUUUUACGCAGAUUCCAUAUCCUAGUAUAGGAACUGAGCUAGAUUGGGUAUGCGACCGAGAAUACCUCGUAUCAACGGCGCAGGCCAUCUUCUUCUGCGGAUCCAUCAUCGGUGGUUUCCUAGUCGGUUGGAUCGCCGAUCACAAGGGUCGUAUCCCAGCUUUAAUGUUCUGCAAUGGUAUCGCCCUUUUUGCCUCCAUUUUCACUGCCAGCGCAAAUAGUUUUUGGUCAUUCGCCGUCUGUAGGUUUCUCACUGGACUGGCGUUCGAUAACUGUAUCAACAUUCCUCUGAUUAUCGGUAAGCCUUCUACGAAGUAGAAAGUGCGAGAGGUUCGACCGAUAAGCCAAUGUUUCAGUCACGCGAGAGAUAACGUUAGUAUGAAGUCAAUGUUUCUAUUACGUGAAAGAUGAUGUUGCGUGAGAAAUUUUUGAUGAAUUGUUCCUCGAAGAUAAUUUUGACGUUGCUGUACUCGAUUGAACUAUACGGUUCGAGUUCUUGAUUCAAGAGCUUUUGCCACCACCAGAGAUGAAUAUAUUGAUUUUGUUAUUGUUAAAGAUCGUUUCAUCGAUUUUCAUGUCGUCGAGGAUAGUUAUAUCUUGAUAUUCUUAAAUCGAGUUAUACAAGGUGGUUGGUAAUUGGUGGUACAAGCGGAAAGAAGUCGAAAAUAUAGAAUACAAAUUUUUUUUUUUAAUUCUUCCAUCGAGACAACGAUCUACAGUGAGAUCCGUUAUAACGAGACGCGAUAAAGUGCACGCGUAUCGAGCGAAAAUUCAAAGUCGAUUUUCUCGAAAACAAAGCCUCGAACGAAAAACGUUUAUUCUAUAUUUUCGACUUCUUUUUUCGCGUAGAAUCACCCCCUUUCCGCUUGUACCAUCAGUUACCAACCACCCUGUAUAUCUUUUCGUAU